AUGGCUGACAACGGGCACGAUGACGACGGGAACCUGCCUUAUUCUUCCUACGCCGUUUCUAUAUACCAGAAUGGAAUCAUUGCAGGGCAACUUCCUGUUGUGACGACCGACCCGAAUGGGCUGGAGGCGCAAGCCAAGGCAACCAUGGAUCGGGAUUCAUUCGGCUACGUUUUUGGCGGUGCUGGAGAAAUGUCGACCAUGGACGCGAAUCGCCUGGCGUUCCGACAGUGGCGUAUUGUGCCGCGCUAUCUUAGACCAAACAGCCCACGAGACUUGAGUGUGAAUCUCUUCGGUGUCAAAUAUGACUCGCCCGUCCUGAUGGCGCCAGUCGGCGUCCAGGGCGUCUUCCACAAGGACAAGGAGACCGGACUGGCCGAGGCGUGCAGCGAGCUGCGCAUCCCGUACAUUCUCAGCACCGCCGCAACCUCCACGAUCGAAGAAGUCGCCGAGGCCUGUGGCGACCAGCACCGGUGGUUCCAGCUGUACUGGCCCAUGGACGACGAAAUCACCGCCUCCAUCCUUCAGCGCGCCAAAGCUAGCGGCUACAAAGCCCUCGUCGUGACGCUGGACACGCCCACCAUGGCCUGGAGACCGACCGACCUAGAUCGAGCUUAUCUACCAUUCAUCACCGGUACCGGGUGCUCGGUAGCCUUCAGCGAUCCGGUGUUCCGCAAAAAGUUCUCGGAGCAAAACGACGGGGAUGCGGUGGAGGAUAACCUGAUUGCGGCGUCCCGCUACUGGAUCAGUACCGCGUUUCCGGGAGACCACCACUCGUGGGAAGACUUGGCGCUACUCAAGAAACACUGGGACGGACCCAUCAUCCUGAAAGGUAUACUGAGUGUCGAUGACGCCAAGCUCGCCGUCGAACACGGCAUGUCGGGCAUCAUCGUGAGCAACCACGGCGGGCGGCAGGUAGACGGCGCGGUGGCCUCGCUCGAAGUGCUACCCGAGAUCGUCGCGGCAGUCGGUGACAAACUGACCGUCUUGUUCGACUCGGGAAUCCGAACCGGGGCGGACAUCAUCAAGGCGUUGGCUCUGGGUGCCAAGGCGGUCUUGGUCGGGCGACCUGCCAUUUACGGGCUGGGCAUUGCUGGUAAAGAAGGGGCCCAGGCUGUGCUUGCGGGCUUGCUUGCAGACGUGGACCUUACCAUGGCUAUUUCGGGCUUUAAGACGAUAGAUGACCUGAGUCCUUCAAUCUUACGAAAGGUGUCGUAUGGCGGCGAUGUGAGGUCAAAUUUGUAA